AAUGAAUUAAUGCAGCGUCACUGCAGUCAUUCACUGCCACCCAAUGUCAUUGUCACGAUAGCUACUAUCAUUCCAUUCAGCAUCACACAAAAACCGUCUGUCUAUCCCCCCUCUGAACACACUGCCACGACCGACACGAAUUAUUCACUGGAGCUCAGUUUGUUGAACCUCUCCAUGCUGUCGCGCAGGUGCUGCGAAAUGGCCGCCACGUCGGUGCCCAGCGUCACGAAACGGAAGUCUCUCUUUACCAUGUCGAGGGCGAAUCCCGUCUCACCGCACCAGAUGCCCGCCACCUUGCCCCUCUUGCUGCACUCCCGCCCGAUCCUCUCGAUGGCAGCCACCACCUUCGGAUGGGUCGGCGCGCCUGACGGGGGGACGCCCAGCGCCAAACUCAGAUCAUUGGGACCUUUGGCGAUCGGUCGACACACAAACAUUGCAGCGAUGAAUGUACGAAGGGUCAUUGUGGCUCGACUCACCAAUGAAGGCCCCAUCGACGCCCUCGACAGCCAGGAUAUCCUCGAGGUUGUCGAGACCUUGUUGGGUUUCGAUCAUGACCAGCUUGACAAUCAGCUCGUCCGCCAUUCUCAGGUACUCGCCGCCGCCAUAGACCAUCCCCGCCCGCGUGGGGCCGAAGGAGCGGCUGCCUUUCGGGGGAUACACGCACGCAUCCACGAACGCACGGGCCUGCUCGGCGGUGUCCACCAAUGGACAAAUGAGACCUGGCCACAGCACAAACACAGAGAGAAGAGAAGCAUACGUCGAUGAUGCACGCCGACUUGUCAAGUGACACUGAAGCGCGGACUUACCUAAGUAGCCUGCGUCGAGCAGCUUGUGUAUCAUCGAUACGUCAGCAGCUGGCCACUGGUGCGGGAUACGUGCCACUGGUGUGGGUGGAUGGGCAGACAGAGCCGACACCAUCUGCAGCGCAUCGGAGAAGUCUAUCAUGCCAUGUCUGCACACAUACGCGCGGAAGCAGACAGGCAGACAGAGGAUGGAUAGAUGUGUGUGUUUGUCUAUUGCUCCGAGUAGCUGGCGGUGAAGGAUACUCACUGCAUGUCCACAACAGCCGCUGUGAGCCCCGCUGUCGUGGCGGCUGCCUCGGCGCUCAGCGUACUGGGGAUGGCCAGCCACGCAUGCGUGGCGACGCCGCCGCUGGACAGCACAUCUCUCAGCGCACUUUGAAGCCUCAUCCAGGGGAAAUCUGCACGACGCGCUG